AUGGCGGCAUCAACAUCCAGCAAUGGAUUCAUGGAAGAAUGGAUGAAGACAAUACUGAACAAUAAGGGAGGGACGACUCCGACGAAUCCUCAGGAAAUUACGGAGAAGUUGAAGGAGGAUUUGGAGCGUACAUUCGGGGAAUUGAAAGAAUGGUUGCGGAGGACAGAGGCAGUGGAAAUAGCAACGCUAUGUGGUAGUAUUACGGCAGAUCUGGCAGCGGGGGGCGGGGGCAGUGAGGCAGUAAGAAGUCAAUAUUUAAAGGAAAUAUGUAAAGGAAUCGCUGAAAUAAAAUAUUUCACAAGUGGAGUGGAGAAGGCGAGGGGUAUGGUUGGGUCGUCGCCGGGCGUGUGGGAUGAGGGAGCGAAAAUUACCACUCUUACUCCAGAAAAAGCUUAUCCACGUUGUAUUGUUGGGGCUGUCGCCCUGUCCGAAAUAUAUGGGGACCAUUGCUACUUGGAGGGCAUCUUGGGGGAAAUAUCGUCUAAAGUGGAGGACAAAUUAAAGCAGCAUCUGGAGCAGGGGGGAACUGAUGGAAAAUCGAACCUUUCGGAUCAGUUGUAUAAAUGUAAAGGAAUAAAUGGGAUCGAUUUAUUAGUCGGUAAAUCAAUUCUUGAGAAUGAAAUUAAAAUUUGGACAAAGGAGAAAAGGGGCACUAAUGGUCCCUGGAGGAUAAAGAUGCCAUGGAACUAUUGGACAAAUGUCUGCAGGAAGCAGAGGAGUAACCAGGCGGCACUGCAACAACAGAGAGAAAAUAAUGCCUCAGUUAUGACAUCAUUCCUAAAUGUGGGGGAACCAAUACCUCUGGGGGGGGGUCGCUCAUCAGGAAGUGGCAGACGGAAGAUAGGGGACAUACUGGUGAAUAGGGAUGAUCAGUACAAAUUAGACCCGAGCAAAUUAGAAAAUGCACUUAAGGACGUAAUGAAGAAUAAUGGUGAAGUGGACUCUGACAAACUGAAGACAGCACUGGAUAAGUUAGAGGGGGAAGCUCAAGAGAAAAUGUGGGAAGUACAAAAACUAAGUAAACCGUGUAAUAGCAAUGAAUUGUGUAGUCGCUUAGAAUGUGUAUUAGGGCAAAAGAAGGGAUUGGAUGGCAGUUCUACAGGGAAACCCGCAACGGACGAGGCCCUGUGGAACGACGUCCAAACUCAAGUCACCAACCUUGUCACAACUAUAUCUACCAAUGCAGCCAACGACAACGAGACAGACCAGUACUGCAAUGACAUCACAUGCCCAAAUGAUAAGGCAGAUUGUGUGAGCAAAACAACAUGCAAACUUAUUGUUAAAGCAUUAAAGGACAUACAUGAAAUCAAGAAAGAAAAGGGGACAGGUUCAGAACCGGACAAAGAGAAUGACCGAAUAUUUCGUUCUACCAUGCGCUGUAUGGCGCUUAAUGCCUUUAUACACAAACUAAAGCAGCAUGCUGAGGAGGGUGGUUAUGCUUGUGCUGUAGAGAAAGGAAUAGAAGAGGCCUUUGAUGCAGCGAAGAAAAAUCUAAAUAAUUGGUGUGGGAAAAAUAGUAGUGGAGGUGGUAAUGUGAAGGGUUCAUGUGAGGAAUGUAAGGAACAGGAGUGUAUCAGUUCUAAAAUUGGGAACGAACUUCUGUUGGAGAAAGUGAUGAAUAAGUUAAACACUGAAUCCAACACCAAAACCAAAAUACAAUCCACAUUAUCCAAUAUAAAUAAGAAGGUCACUUUAUGCAAACGUCUCCAAUGUUUAGCAUCUCGAGUACUUGCACUUACAACAUCCAGCACGGCAAGUUCACAAUUGAAGCAGAAUGCGAAAACCUUUUGGGAUAGUGGCGGCGAAGUCGCCAACUUAUGGACAGAAUUGGCAGAUGCCAUGAAGAAGAGUAAUGGAAAAGUGAACAAAGAAUGUGAUAAAUUAUAUGAUAAUAGACAACCCACCGAACCUGAGAAGAGGGCAUGCCAACAUCUUACAUUAGGUUUCAACAGACUAAAAGAUAAUUCAACUUCUAACGGACACAUCCUGUCUCAAUACCAAUCGUUGAGACAAACAGUGGGUUGUUUCCUUCUUAAAGAAUAUGCAAAAAAAAUGAAAGAAGAAUCGACUUGUGUCAUAGAUGCUGGUAUAAGGGAAGCUUUCAAGUCAUGGAAUCCAACUACUAAUGUUAAUUGCACGAACGGUAGUUCGUGCAUUGAAUGUAAAUGGGAUGAUAAGGAAUAUGAAGGUUGCAACGUGAAUAUUACCACCAGUGGCAACAACAACCAACAGGAUGCCAAGAUUAACGUUCAAGACAUGGUGACAGGCGGCACAACUGUAACUGACGCCCUAAAGAAAAUAAAUGAAAUGGAUAAGUUAUGCGAUUAUAUUAAAUGUGCCGCACCGAAUUGGUUCAAACAAUACGCAAAGCCCAAUGGUGGCAGUAAUAGCGGUACGAAGAAAGAUUGGGACAAGUUGAAGAGCAAUUUAGCUACAACAUUUGGAGAACUGAGGAGGUGGAUCACGGUGAAGGUGGAGUCGGAUGAAAUAAAGGAGCUCUGUGGGGGCGUAGGGGACCUUGUGAGCUGGGGAGGAUGGGGGAGAAAUCCUUAUAUGCAGAAUUUAUGUAAGGCGGUAGUCGAAAUAAGAUAUUUCAUAAGUAAUGUGGAAACAACGGGGAGUAGGUUCAUGGGUCAGGCCGAUGAGCGAGCACGAAUUGCGCCCCUCACUCCUGAUGAAGCCUAUCGUCGCUGCAUCGUGGGCGCUGUUGCCUUAUCCGCGAUGUAUGGUGAUCACUGUCAACUGACUGAAAUUAUUGAAAAAAUAACGAAGGAUGUCGACAGUAAAUUGGGGAAGCACUUGAGUUCGAAAGACAGGGCAAACUUGGAUGAAUGCAAAAAUAUUAGCGCUGCCGAAUUGAUGAUCGGUAGAGCACUUCUUCAUAAUACAAUCAAAACAUGGACGGAGGAAGAAAGGAUGAAGGGGGGGGGAGGAACCUGGAAGGUGAAGAUGCCAUGGAGGUAUUGGGCGGACGUCUGUAAGCAGAAGAGGGAAGACGCUAAUUUGCAACAGCAGAGAAAAGACAAUGCAGAAGUUAUGACGAACUUCCUGAAACUGGACAACAGGAAAACCGCAGGAAGUAGUGGCGGAACGACCCUAGCAGAAGUAUUAACCAAUGAAAACUUACAAUUAGACUCGGCUACAAUAGAGAAGGCACUUCAGGUCGCAGUAGGGGGAAAUGGUCAAGUGGAUCUUACAGAAAUAGACAAGGUUGUACGGGAGCUCAAUAAGGUAUCUGGGGAAAAAAUAGCUCAGGAAUGCAUGAAAAACAGCAGCAAGAAAUUUUGUGAGCGCUUGGACUGUGCAAAAGAUUAUUGGAAUUUGACGAAGGAGAAGAGCAGCAGUAACACGGGAGAUUUCUGGGACAGCAACGUCAAGGAGAAGCUGAACAGUCUCCUGUCUACUACGACUAUUAAUGCUGAUGGCACCACUGCUAACCUCUGUGAGAACGGUGACUUAGAUAGUGCAAAUAAGGCAGCUUGCAAACACAUGGCAAAAUUUUUGCACGAGAUGUACAAAAAUGGGAGUAGUGACCCUAAGCAAUAUUCUGCUCAAAUGGUACAAUGUCUUUUAUUAAAAGCAUAUGCUGCAAAAUUAAAGGAGCAAGCAAAACAAAAAGGAUAUUGUGACAUACAACUCGGCAUAGACAGGGCAUUCGAGUCUGCAAGCGCCAUUAAAACAACUAAUUGUACGAAUAAUAAGUCCUGCAUUGUUUGCAACUGGACCGACGAAGACUAUAGCAAACUUAACACUUGCAACAUUGACAACACCUCUGGCAGUGUAAAGUCUAAAGUGGAAUCAAUGUUAAAAGAAAACGGCCAAACGCAAGACAACAAAAUACAACAAACCUUAACUGAUAUAAAUAAUAAAAACCCCCUCUGUCAACGUCUCCAAUGUUUAGCAACUAAAGGACAGAACAACAACGACAAAUUUUGGCAGAAUGGCGGCGAAGUCGGCACCUUAUGGAACGAACUGUCCACAGCAAUGAUGAGACAGAAUGGCAGAAAUGGGCAGAAGGAAUGUAAUGAAUUGCGAACUCAUUCUGAAAAGGCGGCAUGCAAUUAUUUGCAUGCCGGCUUAGAAGCACUGUACAAGGGUACGACGACGCCGGCGGCGUCGUUGCCGUCGCCGUCAGGCGACGGCAACAACAUCUUAAAGACCAACCCAUCGUUUAGACAAACGAUGGGUUGUUUCUUACUUCACGCUUAUGCAAAUGAAAUGAAAAAGAAGUCCAUUUGUAAUAUUGAUAAAGGGAUAGAAAAGGCUUUCGAUCUUGGCAAGGGUUUAAGUUCUAAUGGUACUUGCAAUGCCACUGGCAAGGGACAAUGUGUCCCUUGCGAGUUGAAAGAGAAAGACUAUGACGAGUGUAAAAUUAACACAGAUGGUAAAACUGGCACACCACAGACGGAAGUGAAGACCAAAUUGAAGACCAUCAUCACGGAGAACGACCCCGAAAUAGAAAAAAUGGCAAUAGAAGUAAAUAAAAUAGAUGAUUUAUGCAGACGCUUCCAAUGUAUAUCUGAAAGAUGGUUAAAAGACGUCAAAAAGAAGGGGCAGAAUGGCGACCCCCUGAAAGCAACGGAUUGGAAUGAUGUAUGGAAGGAAGUCAAAAAGGAAAUCCCGAAACUUCGCACUGCCCUCGGCAGUGCCACAACUACGACGAAUGGAGGCCUUGGUGAAUACUGCAAAGGACUCGAUGAGAAGGGUGGAAAGGAUGCUUGCAUCCUUAUAGCAGCAGGAUUAAAGAACCUCUACAAUACUCCUGGUGACGACGUUAAUGCAUCGUUCCAAAGAACGAUGCAAUGUGUUUUAUUAAAUGCCAUUGCAGAUAAAAUGCGGGAAGAAUUGCCAUGUAAAGAGGAAAGGAGUGUAACGGAAGGGAUAGAACAUGCUUUUAAGGAAAGUGGUAAUAUUAAGAAUAAAAGUAGCGGUUGCAAUGAUGCUAAUAAAUGUUUUACGUGUCCGAGGUUUACGGAAUAUAGAAAUUGCAAAAUUAAAGAAUAUAGCAACGCAGAGCAAGUAACGAUGUUAAAAGACAAAGUAGAUGAAGUGUUCAACAAGAACGAAGGAAAGGCACAAAUGGAGAAAAUUCAGGAUCAAGCUGUGAAGGACAUAUGCAAACCGUGUACAGAGAAAACCUUUUGCGAAAGUCUUACAUGUGUAGCAGAAAAAUGGGAAAAAAGGAAUAAAGGAACCUCAACCGGAACGACUACCUGGGAAAAGAUGAAGGGUGAAUUUGAAACAGAAUUAAAGCUACUACUGGAAGACAUGAAGGCAGAAGCAAAUCAGGCGGCCGUUGCCGGCUACUGCAACGGCAAUGGCAGCGCCGGCUGGGAGGACGGCGCUGCAAAAGAAGCUAAUCAAGCCGCUUGUAAGCUUGUUGCAGCAGGGCUGCAACGCAUAUCCAGCAUUCAGCAUGAAUAUAGCACGCAGAAUGGGUUACCUCGGAAAAAUAAAAACCCCUUCGACCACCAAGACAUUCAGCAAGUCCUCUCUUGCUUACUGUUAAAGACUUUUGUAAAAGAAAUGAAAAAAAGGAGCAAAAUUUGUGACAUACAACCAGGAGUAGACGCCGCAACUCGUGCAUGGAAAGAAAUUAAAGAAAAAUGCACGAAGCAACCUUGCAUUGAAUGCAAUUUGAAGGACGACGACAUCAAUAAUGACAACUGCCAAAUUGGUACGGAGAAUGUCAAUGUAAAGGAGAAAUUGAAUGAAAUACUCGAAGACAGGGACUAUAAGACCAGCGUCAAUGAAACCCUCUCCGCAAUAACUAAAACAGACGAACCGGGGGCACCAUUCUGUAAUCGUCUCCAAUGUAUAGAGGCUCGAGUUAAAGCGCAGCAGGCGCAGACACAGGGCAGGAGCAACGCGGAAAAAUUUUGGAAGACAGAUGGCGAAGUCGGUAUAUUAUGGAACCAAUUGGCACAAGCAAUGAAGGAUAAUAGAAACGACCAAUCUGAAUGCAAUACAGUGGACAAUGAUAGAGAACCCACCGACCCUGAAAAAAAGGCAUGCAAUUUUUUGCAUGCCGGCUUCAAAGAACUGUAUACUCCGGCGACGGGGGCGCCGUCGCCGACGGGCGACAUCCUGUCUCAACACCCACUGUUGAGACAAACGAUGGGUUGUUUUCUUCUUAAAGAAUAUGCAAAACAAAUGAAAGAGAAAGCGAAUUGUUUAGUGGAAUCAGGAAUAAAAAAAGCUUUUGAGUCAUGGAAACCAAUUACUAAUGGUACUUGCAGUGGCAAGGAACCUUGUGUUCCUUGCCAAUGGGAGGAUAAGAGCAUUGACAACUGCAACAUUACCACAAGUGGCAGCACUACAGAGAAUGCAAAGGACAAAUUAAAAACAGUACUACCUCCAGACGGUGACAAAACCGUAACUGACACCCUAACGAAAAUAAACGAAACAGAGUCUUUAUGUGCCAAACUCCAAUGUGCCGCACCAAAAUGGUUCCACAACCAAAAGAACAAAGGAGGGAGUAGUGGUACUAAUAAGAAGAGUUGGUGUAACUUUUGGGAUGAAGGUGUCAAACCAACAUUGCAAUCAAUGUUCAAACAAAUCGAGUCCGAUGCAAAGAACAAACCCAAUACCACAAUCUGCCGAAACUUUGGUGAUGGUAAUCCUGAUAGUGUUGAAAGAAAAGCAUGUAAUCAUAUCAUAGCAGGUUUAGAACACAUUAACGAUAUUCCACCAAGUGGUAGUGGUGGUAAUGGUAAGGACAACUCACUGCUCGAUCGAGCAGUGGGUUGUAUUGCUCUUAACAUGUACGCUGAUAAAAUAAUUAAUGAAGCGAAAGAGAAAUGUCCCAUUGAUGAGACCACAAUAAAUAAAAUGUUCACUAAAUGGAAUGAAAAAAAUAAUUCUUUGUCUUCGCCUUCGUCUUCAUGUAAUGGAGGUGGUAAUAAUAAUAAUUGUUUUAUUUGCAUAAGAGAACCAGAUUUUAAGGGUUGCAACCUCAGUGUUGACAGCAAUUUGAUUAAUACAUCACCAUCACAACCAAAUGGACAAAAAUGCAAUGAUAACAAGAACAAAGACAAUAAGAACGUCCAAAAACAAAUGAAAAAACUCCUCGAAGACAACAACCCAUCCCAAUCCAACAUUAACACCAAAAUAAAAUCCACCUUAACUACUAUCACCGAAAUGACCUCUUCUUUCUGUACUCAAGUCCAAUGCGCAAUAAAAAAAAAACUGAAGAACAACAAUGGAAAAACACUUCCAAAUGGAACGAUCACACAACCUUGGGAUGCCUUGGAAAAAGACAUCGGAAGGGAAUUAAAUGAACUUUUAGAAUAUAUGACGAAGGGACAGAGUCAAUCUGAUCUCCUAACAUACUGCGACAAGGACGCUGAAUGGAAUCAAAUUGGCCAUAAAGAAGGCAAAACAAAUAAAGCAGCUUGUUUACUUUUUGCUGCAGGGUUGCAGCACAUUUAUACCCACGGUAAUGGCCGUGUUAACGGCCCAUCGUUUGGACAAACGAUGGGUUGCUUAUUUCUUAAAGAAUAUGCAAAACAAUUAAAAGAAAUGGCAAAAAAACAAAAAGAGUAUAAGGUACAUCCUAAAUGUAGCGUAGAGGAUGGUAUAAAACAUGCUUUUGAACAAAGUGCAAAAAUUAUGAAUGACACACCUCCAUGCAAAAAUAAUGGUAAUUCUUGUUUUGUGUGCAAACAAAACGAAGACGAUUAUAAAGAUUGCCUAAUUGGCUCUGACAGUGUAAAGUCUAAAGUGGAAUCACUGAUCAAAGACGACCAAAACAAAGAACAUAUGCAACAAACAUUAGAAAAUACAGUCUGUCCCAUCCUUCUUACGGAUCUCCUUACCCCUUUUCUUCCUUUGGCUCCUGUCUCUAUUGGCCUUUCUGCUAUGGCUUAUUACCUUUGGAAGUAUUUUGGUCCUCUUGGUAAAGGAGGACCACGUUUCAGAAGAUCUCCUACUGAAAUUCCUGGUUCAUCGGUACAGGAACAACUCCUCGAUCAUGUGGAAGAAGCCGGUUCACAUGAAUAUCAAUUGGUGAAGGAACGAAAACCUCGUUCUGCUCCAACGAGAACGAAACGUUCUGGUCCCGUGAAUCGCCGCACGAUUAUUGAAAUUCAUUUUGAAGUGUUGGAUGAAUGUCAAAAAGGGGACACACAAUUGAACCAGAAGGAUUUUCUGGAACUUUUGGUUCAAGAGUUCAUGGGAUCGGAAUUUAUGGAAGAAGAACAGGUUCCUAAGGAAGAGUUUCUUAUGGAAGGUGUUCCUAUGGAACUUGUUCCUAUUGAAGAAGUUCCAAGUUUAGGUUCCGGGUUACUGGUUUAA